AUGGCGAAUCCUGUUUCCGCGGACAUUUUGUCCAGUAGAUCGGUCUCCUUCAAUAAGAAGCGGCUGCUCUAUGUUCAUGAUAUUACAUCACUCGUGUUCGGCUGUGGGGCUGGGAUCUUGCAGCUCGAGUCAUUGCAGGGUUUUAUUAUGUUUGCAGUGAGCUACCUCAGUAUAUCCGCGAUAUUCGCAAUGCGGCUCUGCAAGUUUGAACCUAGCAAGUACUUUCAGAACCCAGUCCAGGAUAUAAUAUUGACGUCGUUGUUCCGCGAGCUUGCAGGUUUUGUGAUGGCGUGGACGUUCACUUACGCGCUCUUAAGCUAA